CCAUUGUAUAUCACACUUUCAUUUAUUAGAUUGAAUAAAAGAGAAACAAUAAGCUUAGACAAUAAAAGAGAAACACAGAAACAAAGUACUAUAUAUAUAGUACCCAACACAACCACAUAAAUAUACUCUUUCUUCCUCACGUUCUUGUAGUAUAACAAACUCUAACACAAACACACAAACAACCUUCAACCACUCACGUACUACACAAAUAUGUCAAUACAAGAAACGACGUCGUUAUGGUGGACUACUCACCAACAACAACAACGACAAGAACGACAAGAGAAGACCAAGGGUCAUCAACAAGAGGAAGAAGGUGAAUUAGACGACGACGUCGUUUUAGAGUCAAUGAUGAAACUGAAAACGGCUUCAGCUUCGGUGUCUGCGUCGGCGUCUGUAUCAGAAGAAGAGAAAGAAGCUAUGUUUGAGAAACCCUUAACACCAAGCGACGUUGGGAAGCUGAACCGUCUCGUGAUACCGAAGCAACACGCGGAGAGAUAUUUCCCACUCGACUCAGAAGAAACGAAGGGACUUCUACUGAGUUUCGACGACGAGUCAGGGAAGUGUUGGAGGUUCCGUUACUCGUAUUGGAACAGUAGUCAGAGUUACGUUCUUACCAAAGGUUGGAGUCGUUAUGUGAAAGAUAAACGUCUUGAUGCCGGCGACGUCGUUUUGUUUCAGAGACACCGUACACAUCCUCACCGGUUUUUUAUCUCUUGGAGGCGCCGCCAUGCUACUGCUGCCGCAACAGCGACGGUUCAUGCUGGCCCUAGUACUGACGGCAAUGGCGCUGUUGCUUCUGUUGGGUGGUCCAGAGGACUCUACCCUGCGCAUCAUCCUUAUCCUACGCAUCAUCACCCUUUCUCAUAUCAUGCUGCAGGUGAAGGGACCCAAAGUCAGGACACAAACGCACCUUGUGGAAACAAUUCGAGUACUUCCAGGGUGCUGAGGCUGUUUGGAGUGAACAUGGAAUGCCAACCUGAUAAUAAUAUUAAUGAUUCCGAAGCGGCAGAAUGCUCUUAUAAUAUGUCACAAGGACCACAAUUCUACCACCACCUCCACCGUCAACCACCGUCAAACACUCACCAUCACAUGCUACGUCAACAACAACCAUAGAAUCAAUCAAUUUCUAUAAGACAUGCUCACUCUCCUAACUAGAUUCUCUCUUUUGUUUAAUUAAUUUUAAUUAUUAUUAUUAUUAGUAGUAUAACUAAUGACUAUGUCAUUAACAUGAUGCAUGAAAGGAACCGUUUCUUAAUUGUUUAUGAUUAUUAUUAUAAGUAUAGUAUUUAGGUUCACGUUGAAGAUUGUAGAGGAUCUUUCUUGUCUUAAAUUCAGGAGAUGCAUGUAAAUGGAAAUAGUUUGUUUAUUUGUUUCGUGAGAUUUUCUUGUUCCCUAUCAAUCAAGCAAAUAUUCAUUACUUUCUACUAUACUAAGAUGUGAAUGCCAGAACAGACAC